GCAGGAUUCUUCAGACCCGUAUGGUUGCUUGCGGGGAUCUGUGUAUCCACUACUCCACAAUGUGGGUUAUCCGCUCGCUCCCACGGGGCCUAAUAUUUAGAUGAUCGCCUCCUGUCCUGGGCGUGGACGAGUGAGUUUGUUCUCUGCUAUUUCAAGCGUUCAGCAUUAUUGUCACUAUUGCUGACACUGCCGCUAUCACUGUCACUGUAUCUGUUGUGUUUAAUUCCCAUCAUCACCAUGAAGUUCUCAGCUGCAGCAUCGUUUGCGACACUCGCUGCCACAGCGAUUGCGGGCCAGGAUCCUCACCGCGUCUGUUGCGAAGCUCUUGGAGCGGAGAAGCAGCUUCGCGGCAAGGUUCUGUUACCAGGGAGUGUAGGGUACGAUGCGCAAUUGAAUACAUACUACUCUGCCAAUGCGGCGCUACACGCCUGGUGUAUGGUCAUGCCCGAAAGCACUAAGGAUGUGCAAGCCACUGUCAAGAUCCUUACCAAGAACCAAUGUCCUUUUGGUAUCAAGGCCGGUGGUCACUCGGCAUUCAAAGGCUCCAGCGGCAUCGCUAAGGGUGUCACGGUUGACUUUGGCCACUUGAACUCGACAAGCUACAACCCGGACACUGGGAUUGUCUCGAUUCAACCUGGUGCAAGAUGGGGUUCUGUGUAUGAAUUUCUCAACCCGUAUGGAGUCGCUGCUGUCGGCGCGCGGACAUCUGUUGUCGGUGUCGGUGGCUUCACCACUGGAGGCGGAUAUACCUUCCACAGCAACUCUCACGGCUUUUCUUGCGACGUGGUGACGAAUUGGGAGAUUGUUCUUGCAGACGGGAGCGUUGUCAACGCGAACUCCAACAAUAAUGCCGACCUCUGGAAAGCCCAGAAGGGCGCCUCCGGAAACCUGGGCUUCGUUACCCGGAUUGACCAGGAGACUGUCAAAGGCACCCUGCUUUGGGGUGGCUUCACUAGCUACGAGCUGAGCGAGAGAGACAACGUCUUCGUCGCAUACCUCGACUUUGUGGAGAAAACCGAAGAGAACUCCCCCGACCAGGCCAUCGUUGCCCUGUAUUAUGACUUUACUGGGUUUUCUAUUCGAUCCAUCUUGACCAAUAAUAUGGGCGUUGCUAAUGCCCCCGCUUUCGAUGGUUUCCUUGCACUGUCUAACACCUCCAGCACUGUGACCUCGGGACCCAUAUCUGAGAUUAUCCCCCAGUUUACCGGUCCCACGCCUCUUGGUCUCUACGCCAACUGGUUCACUGGUAUGGCCACCAACACCCUUGAGGCCCUUACCAUCAUCGAUGACCUACAUCACAAAUACGCCACCAUGAUGCAGGCCGCCGCACCCAACUCUAACUUCAGCACCCUCGUCGAGUUACAGCCCGUCACCAACUCCAUGGUCGAUAACAGUGUGAAGCGCGGGGGCAACAUCCUCGGCCUUGAGCGCGUGGUCAAAGACGGCCCAGUCCUCAUGUGGCUUGUUUCGCUGACCGUCGACACUGAGGAGAACCAGAAGGUGAUCCUGCCAAUUGCACGCGAGUUCGUUGACGCCAUUAAUAAGGCGGAGAAGAAGGCUGGGCAUUGGAUUGAUUGGGUCUACCUGAACUACGCGUGGAAAGAUGAGAAACCUUUCAGUCAUUACGGGAAGGAUAACAUUAAGCUGCUACACACUGUGUCGAAGAAGUAUGAUCACAACGGUGUGUUCCAGAAGCUGCGCCAGACUGGCUUCAAGCUGUAGGUCUACAACGCUCGCUCUAGUACAAAAGAGCGGCAGGCUAUUAUA